AUGAAGGGCCCGUCGUUCCUCCUCGUCCUGGUCGUCCUGCUGGGCGCGCUCCUGAUGGCCGCGGCCCGGCCGAUCCCUGUGGAGGGUGUGCGGCAGAAGAAGGCGUUGAGGCAGUUCCAGAUGAAGCGCGGGCAGCCCGGCGGCGCCAUCCGACGUCUGUACGCUAGGGCUUCGCCUUCGCCAUCUCCGCGACCUUCUCCGUCACCGUCUAGAAAGUAUGUGGCUCCAGCCAUCCGCACGGAAGCACCGCGCGCAGCCAAUCCUGACCUGCUUGGAGUCCUAGACAGGCGGGCUACUAUCUCCCCUUCCGAAUAA